AUGCUUAAACCCAUCCUCAAGCUCCACUCGUCCAAGCUGGGGCCGUCCCAACCCAUCCUCAAGCUCCACUCGUCCAAGCUGGGGUCGUCCCAACCCAUCCUCAAGCUCCACUCGUCCAAGCUGGGGUCGUCCCAACCCAUCCUCAAGCUCCACUCGUCCAAGCUGGGACCGUCCCAACCCAUCCCCAAGCUCCACUCUUCCAAGCUGGGGCCGUCCCAACCCAUCCCCAAGCUCCACUCGUCCAAGCUGGGGCCGUCCCAACCCAUCCCCAAGCUCCACUCGUCCAAGCUGGGGCCGUCCCAACCCAUCCCCAAGCUCUACUCGUCCAAGCUGGGGCCGUCCCAACCCAUCCUCAAGCUCCACUCGUCCAAGCUGGGGCCGUCCCAACCCAUCCCCAAGCUCUACUCGUCCAAGCUGGGGCCGUCCCAACCCAUCCCCAAGCUCUACUCGUCCAAGCUGGGGCCGUCCCAACCCAUCCCCAAGCUCUACUCGUCCAAGCUGGGGCCGUCCCAACCCAUCCCCAAGCUCUACUCGUCCAAGCUGGGGCCGUCCCAACCCAUCCCCAAGCUCUACUCGUCCAAGCUGGGGCCGUCCCCUAAGAUUCAUUCGUCGUUUUUAACCCAUUAUAUAACCAACAAAAGUGUUUUCUUCGAUACAAAUUAA